GUCCCAAAUGCAUUAUGGGUAACGUGUCUCCUAUCGCACUCCUAUGUUCUUUUUCCUUUUUUUUCCUCCCUUCAUUUUAUUGCGAGAACAACGCUUUAGAGAGUCAAGAAUAAAUUCCUAUUUUUGAGCUGCAAUCGUUGAGUAAAAUUUCAAAGGUGACCUGUAGUAGCCAUGGCCCGUACUAAGCAGACUGCCCGAAAGUCCACUGGAGGCAAGGCUCCACGUAAGCAGCUGGCCACAAAGGCUGCCCGCAAGAGUGCCCCUUCCACUGGUGGUGUAAAGAAGCCCCAUCGUUACAGGCCAGGUACUGUGGCUCUGCGUGAGAUUCGUCGUUAUCAGAAAUCCACUGAGCUACUGAUCCGCAAGCUGCCUUUCCAGCGUCUGGUCAGAGAAAUCGCCCAGGACUUCAAGACCGAUCUGCGUUUCCAGAGCGCUGCCAUUGGAGCUCUUCAGGAGGCUAGUGAGGCCUACCUGGUGGGUCUGUUUGAGGACACCAACUUGUGCGCCAUCCACGCCAAGCGCGUCACCAUCAUGCCCAAAGACAUCCAGCUGGCACGUCGUAUCCGUGGGGAGCGCGCUUAAAAUGUUUCUGAUUUAUUAUGUGCUAUCCUCUUAUCCCUUGACCACUCUUUCCAUCCCUUCCUUCCUCUGUACUUAGUAGUUUGGUUUAAGGUUCAAUAUAUAUAUCAUAUGAUUGUGAUAACCGUAAAUGUGUGAUCAUGUCUUCUUUGGUGCUACUAGUAGCAGAAUUAUCUUAGAAAUAUCUUCAUGUAUGUUUGAAAAUUUAAAUCACAGCUACACUCCUCACAUUUAAAUAGCUAGCUCACAGGAAUGCCUUGUUAUCUUUAUUAAUAGGGUGUUUUUGCAAGCCAAGAAUAGUGUGUGAUCUAAUUUGCAAAUAGAAAAUAGCAUUAAGGUUGAGACAUUUUCAUCUUCAACGGACACAUACAUUGAUAUAAUGGGUCUUUUGAAUUUUUUCUUUUUUUUUUAUAGAAAUUUGUUGUAGACGUAGUGAUUUGUCUUUUUUUUUUUUUUUUUUUACAAUAAUGGUGUAUUUCUACUGUUCAGUGUAUCAAAAAAUAAGUUUGAUUCUGGUCGUCAUUUAGAAACGUCAUUGUGCUAUGAUGACACUGCAUGGUUUGACAGCGGCAUAUAUGUAGCAGACCUUUGUUGAUCAUAUUUUAAUUUUCAGCCACAAUUAUGUCCAGGUAAUGUUAUGACUUUUUGUUCCUCUCUCAGGUUGUUAUGAUAACCUUUUUUUCUACUGUGUUUUUGAUUUAUGUUUUCAGUCAUUUUUGAAAGCAGAAUAUUUGUACUCUGAAAUUCACAUACAAACAUAAUAAACAGAUUCUUGUGGUUAAACUA